UAGCUUUCUGAAAGAUCCCAUUAAUCCACUCUCUUUUUCUCUGAACAAAAAGCCAACGCCAUGACCAAGCGCACUCACAAAGUUAGGCCUUAGAGUUAGUGGGGCGAGAGAGAGAAUAGAUAUCCAUAUUCUUGUGUCACUGACUAUCAUGGACGACUUCUGCUUCUUCUCUCAGAUCUUGCAAAACUAAUACCCAUUUUCUCACCUACAUUCCUUACCCUCCCUUCAAGAUUCUUUAUCUUUCUCGCUUCACAUCGUUCCCCAAUCUUCCUCAUCUUCAUUUUCAUGUAAAUUUGUUCAUUUUCGUUCGGUUUCGGCUUCAUUCUUCCUCGGUUAGUUCUUUUUUUUACCGCCUUUUUCCGGGAAAAUCUGAACUGGCAUAGUUGCUGAACUGAUUCUUGCCCGUUUUUGGGCCAGUUUGGUAUUGAUUUUUCCACAUUCGAGGCUGAUCACUUGAUUGUUACCACUGAGGUUUAGGAGGUUUGGCGAGUUUUUUGGGAAGGUUUUUUGGAGUUUGAUCUUGUACGUUUCAUUUAUUGGCAUUUACAGUUUGUUUGGAGAAUUGAGGAUUGGAUUUUCUGGGAAAGUGAGAACUUCUCGAAUGGUGAUGAUGUGGUUGUUGUAGAAGAGGGAAUAGGAGGGUAUGGAUGAUAGAGGCGACUCAUUCGUUGCUGUCAGGAGGAUCUCGCAGGGUCUUGACAGGGGCAAUACCUGCCAUUCAACUUCUGGAUGCUUGAUGGUAUCCUAAAUUGCAUUGCUGAGGCUGUGGCAGGAUCAGCAGCGUGGCUUGGCAGAGGUUUAUCCUGUGUUUGUGCACAGAGGAGAGAGAGCGAUGAUGCUCGGCCCUCUUUUGAUUUGACUCCAGCUCAGGAGGAGUGCCUGCAGAAGCUGCAGAACCGUAUAGAUAUUCCCUAUGAUGGCUCUGUACCUGAGCACCAGGAAGCCCUAAGGGCUUUAUGGAAUGCUGCCUUUCCUGAAGAAGAACUCCAUGGUCUGAUAUCUGAACAGUGGAAAGAAAUGGGUUGGCAAGGAAAAGAUCCGUCAACAGAUUUUAGGGGUGGUGGUUUUAUAUCAUUGGAGAAUUUGCUGUUCUUUGCCAGAAAUUUUCCAAAAUCCUUUCAGGACCUUUUGAGGAAGCAGGAAGGAGAUCGUUCAGUUUGGGAAUACCCAUUUGCUGUUGCUGGUGUGAAUAUCACAUUCAUGCUUAUUCAAAUGCUUGAUCUUGAAGCAGUCAAGCCACGGACAAUGGUGGGAGCCAUGUUUUUGAAGUUUCUUGCAGAAAAUGAAUCAGCUUUCGAUCUUCUUUAUUGCAUAACAUUCAAGUUGAUGGAUCAUCAAUGGCUUACUAUGCGAGCGUCUUACAUGGAUUUUAAUGCAGUAAUGAAAGCUACACGGCGUCAGCUGGAGAAAGAGCUUCUGGCGGAAGACUUGACACGGCUCGAAGAUUUGCCCUCAUACAAACUUCUCACGUGAUAGACAUCAAUCCAUGUCUACAAGCUGCAGCUUAAAGGUCUUUGUACAUCAUGUAAUACUCAUUAUAAUUUUUCUUCCAGCCAAUUUGGCAUUUAACCUGAAUUUUCACCUAAACUGAGCUCAAAAUAUGACUGGGCCAACCUAAGAACGAUGUCAUCAAGAUUUUAGAUGUCGCAUAAGCUGGAUCUAGUUGGAGGAUGAUAUUUUAUCAGACACGACUGCCAGAGCAUGAAAUGAAGGUUUGUUUGGUAACAAAAAGAAUUUUAGGGAGAAAUGAAUUCUGGUUUCUCAGUAUGUAUUUUUCUGAGUUUCAUUAAUGGGCGAAUGCAGCUUGGAGCAAUAUUGUAUAAUAGGCUUCUACUUUGCAUUUAUAUCUGGUCUCGUUUGUCAAGGAAUAAAAACACUGCUUAUUUGAGUUAAAAGGAAAAUUCCUGCACAUUUUUCAUCUUA